AUAUCUGAAUGUUUUUCUUUAAGCAUGUGUAUUGUCAUAAUUUUAUUUUAUAAAUAAAAGCAUAGAGAUGUUUUAUUUGAUUGGAUUAGGUUUAGGUGAUGCAAAGGAUAUUACAGUAAAGGGUUUAGAAAUUGUUAAAAAAUGCGAUCGUGUUUAUUUAGAAGCGUAUACUUCUAUUUUAACAAUUGGAAAAGAAAAUCUUGAAGAGUUUUAUGGUCGUAAGCUACUUGUGGCAGAUAGAGAAUUGGUAGAAAAUAAUGCAGAUAUAAUAUUGGAAAAUGCCGAUAAGGAGGAUAUUGCGUUUUUAGUUGUUGGUGAUCCUUUUGGUGCAACAACUCAUACCGAUCUUGUAUUAAGAUUACAACAGCAAAAAAUUAAAUUUCAAGUCAUUCAUAAUGCUUCCAUAAUAAAUGCUGUUGGCUGUUGUGGUUUACAAUUGUAUUCUUUUGGAGAAAUAGUUUCAAUACCUUUGUGGACAGAAACUUGGCAGCCAGAUAGUUUUUAUGAUAAAAUUUUGGGAAACUAUAAAAGAAACUUACAUACCCUUUGUUUGUUAGAUAUUAAAGUAAAAGAACCGACUUUAGAUAGUAUCGUUAAAAAAACAAAGUUUUAUAUGCCACCAAAAUUUAUGUCCGUGUCAGAAGCAGCAGAUCAACUUUUACAAAUAUUAGAAAAGAAACAAAGCCUCAGUGAUCAAGAAUUGACUCUCACUCACUCGAGUCUCGUAGUGGGACUUGCAAGAAUCGGUGCUAAUGAUCAGGAAAUAUGCAUUUGUUCGCUUUCUAAAAUGAGAAAGAUUGAUUUAGGUUUACCUUUGCAUUGUCUCGUUAUACCUGGAAAUUCUUUACAUCCUCUGGAGUCAGAGUUUUUAUUACAAUAUGCCGUUGAUGACAAAGAAUUGCAACUGUUGAAACAUUAAGAAGAAACGUAUAUGAUAGUGUGUCAAUUAU